AUGUCUCCUGGGGAGACAGGGUCGGCGCACGGCAUAACCACCAACACCACUACGAGUAGUUCCUCUACAGUCCCCCAGCAGUACACUGGUAUCUGUACCCCACUGUCGACAGACCUCCCCACCGAUACUUUGAUGGUCGAGUGUCCCCCAAGGGUCUCUUUGGACCAGAGCCGGGACCUCUCGUCUGCUCCGUUGACGCGGGAACUUCCUGACCCUGCACAAUGCAGACAGGACCUUUUCGGUGAACCUCGAAUACUUGGGCGAACGGUAUUCCUCAAAUCCCGCCAGCUUGGCCAGAGCCAUUGGAUGAAUGGCGUUGCAAUGCAGUUUGGAGACAUUCUACAUCUCGUCGAGUCUUACAUGCGCAAAGAACCUACAGUAAUUCCAGCUGGUCUGCGACGGUGCAAGACAUUGGCAAAGAACAUCAAAUCAGCACGAGUGCCGGUAUGGCCCACACCAUUUCUCAGUGACGACCUACCGCCUAAAGACAUCGUCGAUCAUCUCAUCGACAACUACCUCCGUACCAUCGAGUCUGUGUAUAGAAUCAUACAUGUUCCCACGUUCGAAAAGCAGGUAGAAGCACUUUGGAAUUCUGUGGAUGGCUCAAUUCCUCGUCGCGAUGCCGCUUUCAUGGUUCAAUUAAAGUUGAUCCUUGCCAUUGGUGCCACCUACGACGAGAACUUUGGUCUGCGCGUCUCUGCGAUGCGGUGGGUCUACGAGGCUCAGACAUGGUUAAAUACGCCGAAUUCCAAGAUACGAUUGAACUUGCAGUCCUUGCAGAUCAAUAUAUUGCUGAUCGUGGCACGGGAGCUUGUCGACGUCUGCGGUGACCUAACAUGGAUUUCCGCGGGUGAACUGUACCGACGAGCGAUCUACAUGGGCCUGAACCGCGACCACCAGAGCCCUGUUGGGUCGACAGUGCUAGCUACAGAAAUGCGCCGACGGUUAUGGAACACUGUCCUCGAAAUUUCACUGCAGUCAAGCAUGUACUCUGGCGGUCCUGUGCUUGUGUCCAUGAAUAACUUUGAUACGAAACCACCCAGUAACCUCAACGAUCUUCAACUGGGAGAAAAGUCUCCCAGCAUCAAGCCGGACGAAUUCCAUACUCAAGUUUCGACAUCUAUUGCACUCCGGAAGUCAUUCUCGGUCCGUCUGGCCGUUGUUAAGUUCUUGAAUGAUCUCAGAGCCAACGCGCGAUAUGAACACAUGCUCCAACUUGACGGUGAGAUGAGAACGGCAUAUAAGACACUUACUCGAACAAUGCAGGGCAUGUUGGUAACAUCAUCAUCGGGAGCAACAGCACCAGUUUCAGCAUUAACUCUGCCGAAUACCUCGUCGGACCGAUCUUGGCCUACCAAGUUUGAACUCACGACUACAGACCUCAUCAUGAAUCGAUACCUGCUGUCUCUGCACAUCCCGUUCUUUGAACAAUCCCUCCACGAAACCAGCUACGCAUACACGAGGAAAGUGGUUCUCGAAUCGUCCUUGAGGAUAUGUUACAUGGCGUCCCGGUCGCCGUUCUCGGAGCAAGACAGUGGUGGAGGUGGAGGUGUAGGCCGCAGCAACAACAGCGUGUACACACCAAACUCCACAUGUCGCCAAAACACAAAUUUAAACACAAACACAUCGUCUUCUUUGCCCGAGAGGUCUGUCCCAUGCGGCCUCGGAUACGGCAUCUACCCAGUCUACCGGAGCGGGUUCUUCCAAGCGUCGUGUCUCGUCGCGGCGGAACUUCGCGCGCAACUUGAAGAACAGGACGGCGUCGGGAUGGGAUUCACUCCGCUACGUCCCGACCUGUUGCCUGUCGUGCAGGACGUGAAGAAUUGGUGUCACCACGGCCUGCGCAUAGGCGAGACGAAUAUCAAGGGAUACGUGUUUUCGUACCUGAUCGCUGCGCAUAUCGACGCGCUGAUGCGCGGCAUGGACAAGGAGGACAUUCCGAAGUUCUUGAUACAGAGUGCGGAGACAGCCAUGAAGGAGAGCAUCGCGAUAUUGGAAGACCUUGCUGGAGUGCGCGGUAGUGGCGGCGCGAACGGGAGAGGAGGGGGAGGGGGAGAUGGCACUGGGAGUGGGAACGGGAUCGGGAAUGGAGGUGAUCAGUCUGGAUCGAAUUCCUUGGAGCCUUCAACACUGGGAUUUGAAGCUCUCGAAGAGGAGAAUGCAUUCCUGACUCCAGACGGAAUGUUCGAUUUCGGAGACCUGGGCCCCAUGGAAUGGGGCUUCACCAACAAUAACAACGACGACAACGAGGAGAAUUUUGCCAAGUUGUCUUUUUGGUGA